AUGGCACAAAGUAUCAUCAAAGAAAAUGAAAUCAACGAGUUGGAUGGUACUGACAGAAUGUGUUUCGUCUCGUUGUACCUUGAUGUUAACGCUAAGUUAACUCGACAAUUCAAUGCCACUCCUAAACUUGUUGAUCUUGAUUUAGCCGAUCCUCAUUUUAAUGUAUCUUCACCUAUUGACUUAGUUCUAAGAAAUGAUAGCGAACGUUUCAUAAAUCUAGAUGAAAUUAGACGAGAUGUGUGUGGUUCGGUCACAGCAUACAGAACCGUAUUUGGAUGGGUCCUAAGUGGUUCAGUUCAAACAAAACCUAUAUUUUCGUUUUCAACAAGUGUCAAAUCAGCAGAAGAAAAUGGUUUAGAUAAAUUGAUUCGGAAGUUCUGGGAACAGGAAGAGUUACCUUCGGCUCGUCCAAUCUCCUCUGAAGAUGAAUAUUGUGAACAAUUCUAUGCCCAAACGACGAAGCGUUUACAAAAUGGUCGUUACAUGGUAAGAUUGCCAUUCCGACAAGAUUUUCCAGAGACUAGAUUCCUUGGCCCAUCAAGAUUUGUUGCUCUAAGUCAGUGUGUUCGUCUGGAACAAACAUUAACAAAGAAUCCUCUACUACAGAAUCAAUAUAAUGAAGUUCUCAAAGAAUGCAUUACCUUAGAUCACAUAGAAGAGACAACGUAA